CACGCUGCGCAGGCGGCGCUGAGGCGGAAGGGCAAGGAAGGAGGUGACGAUGAAAGCGAGCGCCGGCACCCGCCGCGGUUCCGAGGGAAGCUCAGCGGCCGUGGGCGCCGGGAGCAGGCCGGACACCUCGCUGACGGGCCGUCCCUAGAGCUGGCGAGGGCGGGGCCGCAGAGCGAGCUGCCGCAGUGUCUGGGCCCGCGGCGGGCCGGGUGAGGACUGCGGGGGACCGAGGUAAGCGGGAGCCGGGGUGUCCAUUCGGCCGAAUGACAGCCCCCUGGCCCUUCCCGCACCCGUGCGCGCCAGCUCAGCGCCCCGGCCUGGAGGCCUCGAGCGCUGCCCUCCUCCCACGUCCGCUACGGAGGCAGCGGAUCUCCUGGGGCCGCUGCUGUACCUUUCUCGGGGCGGGAGGGAGCUCGGCUCUAGGGACCGCUGCCCUCCUGUUUCUUUCCAGUUCGAGCGGUUCGACGCAGAAGCAGAAAAAACUAGCGCCCCCGGCAGCUCCUCAUGAAGAGAGAGAAAUAUCGAUGAGGCACACAUCAACAUUGAUCGGCUGCCUCCUGCACACCCCCUACUGGGGAUUGAGCCUGAAACCCCUGCAAGUGCUCUGACCUGGAAUCGAACCAUGACCUUCCUGGUUCAUAGGUUGAUGCUCAACCAUUGAGCCACUAUGUCUGGCUACAUCCAGAUCUCAUUAUGCAUCAGAAAGAUGAAAAAACAGAGGAAAAUUCUAUGGAGAAAAGGAAUCCACUUAGCCUUUUCUGAGAAAUGGAAUACUGGGUUUGGAGGUUUUAAGAAGUUCUACUUUCACCAGCACCUGUGCAUUCUGAAAGCAAAGUUGGGAAGGCCAGUUACUUGGAGCAGGCAGUUGAGGCAUUUCCAGUGCAGAGAGAAGGCCCUUCAAAUCCAGCAAACUUGGAUCCAGGAUGAACCGCUUUUUGCUAAGACAAAGUCGAAUGUGGCUGCUGAAAAUGUUAGUACUCUGUCCUCUAAAGUGAAAAGAAACAGCACUAAACACUUAGUUUCCUCCUCAAGGACCCUCCUGAAACUCCAAGCAGAGAAUUUGCUGUCAGCAAAGAACUCUGACCAUGAGUACCACGGAGAGAAAAAUCUCUUGCAGGCAGUUGCUGACUUACCAGCAAAUAGUGUUUUAGAUCAGGCUAUUGGUCACAGACCUAGGACGGAGCUGCAAGCUUCUGACUUUCCCAUGAAGUUCAAUGGGGAGAGCCAAAGUUCAGGUGAGAGUGGCACAGUUGUGGUCACCUUGAGCAACCAUAAGAGAAAGCGCUUUUGUUAUGGCUGCUACCGAGGGCUGGAGCACCACAGGAAUAGGGGACCUCUGACUCCAAAAAAGUUCCAACUUAACCAACAUAGAAGAAUAAAAGUAUCUCCUCUUAUGAUGUAUGAGAAAUUAUCCAUGAUUAGAUUUCGGUACAGGAUUCUCAGAUCCCAGCACUUCAGAACAAAAAGCAAAGUUUGCAAGCUAAAAAAAGCCCAGCAAAGCUGGGUGCAGGUCACUGGGGACCGUCAAGAGACCCUUAGGGAGAACGGUGAGGGUGGCAGUUGUAGCCCAUUCCCUUCCCCAGAACUUAAAGACCCUUCUUGUCGGCAUCAACCACACUUCCCAGGUAUGGACAGCAGUGCUGUGAUGAAGGAAAAGAACUCUCAUGUGCCUGAUGGCUGCACUAAAGGAAGCCCUUUCUUGGGCAAGGAGCUUAGUUUAGCUGAAGCAUUCCCUGACCAACAGAAUGGCAGUGCCACAUACACCUGGGACCAGUCACCCUCUUCCCCUCCUAAGUGGGAGUUUCCAGAGCUAAUUCAUGACAUCCCCUUACCAGAGCAUCAUUCUAGUAAUGUGUUUAUCUCAGAAACCGAAAGAGAAAAUAUGACUCUUGGUCAGGAAAAUCGGACAAGUACUGUCAAUGACAACACAGUAAAAUUGUCAGUGUCUGGGGCAGAUCAAUCUGUAAGUAAUGUAGAUGGGCCUAUGUCCGAAGAGACUGUUCAGAAAGAGAGCUCAUACCAGAUGGAUGAGGAUGGAUCUCUCAAACAGAACAUUCUUAGUUCUAAGUUACUGGACCACCCUUACUGUAAAAGUCCGCUGGAGGCUCCUCUGAUGUGCAGUGGAGUCACACUAGAAAAUCAAGUGGGAGAUGGGAAGAACAGUCAAAAAGCAUCUCCAGUGGAUGAUGAACAGCUGUCAAUCUGCCUUUCUGGAUUCCUAGAUGAGGUUAUGAAGAAGUAUGGCAGUUUGGUUCCACUCAGUGAAAAAGAUGUCCUUGGAAGAUUAAAAGAUGUCUUUAAUGAAGACUUUUCUAAUAGAAAACCAUUUAUCAAUAGGGAAAUAACAAACUAUCGGGCCAGACAUCAAAAAUGCAACUUCCGUGUCUUCUACAAUAAGCACAUGCUAGAUAUGGAUGAUCUGGCGACACUGGAUGGUCAGAAUUGGCUGAAUGACCAGGUCAUUAAUAUGUACGGUGAGCUGAUAAUGGAUGCAGUCCCAGACAAAGUUCACUUCUUCAACAGCUUUUUUCAUAGACAGCUGGUAACCAAAGGAUAUAAUGGAGUAAAAAGAUGGACUAAAAAGGUGGAUUUAUUUAAAAAGAGUCUUCUGUUGAUUCCUAUUCACCUGGAAGUUCACUGGUCUCUCAUUACUGUGACACUUUCUAACCGAAAUAUUUCAUUUUAUGAUUCGCAAGGCAUUCAUUUUAAGUUUUGUGUAGAGAAUAUAAGAAAGUAUUUGCUGACUGAAGCCAGAGAAAAAAAUAGACCUGAAUUUCUUCAGGGUUGGCAGACUGCUGUUACAAAGUGUAUUCCACAACAGAAAAAUGACAGUGACUGUGGAGUCUUUGUGCUCCAGAUGUUAUCAUUAGGAAGAACCAUCUUUGAAGGCCAAGAAUGAGUAAUUGCUAACAUACAUGUCUUAUCAGAGUACUGCAAGUGCCUCGCCUUAGAUCAGCCUUUCCAGUUUUCCCAAGAAGACAUGCCCCGAGUACGGAAGAGGAUUUACAAGGAGUUGUGUGAAUGCCGGCUCAUGGACUAAAACCCAGCAAGGCUGGGAAGUCUGACCAAGUUGGAGCAGAUGGUUUGUUACUUGAAUCUCCAAACACUUAUUUGAAUUCUAACAGAUAUUUCAGAUUGGUGGUAUUGGGCCACUAUUGUUACCUCAAGUUUAUUUUUAGCCCUUAUUCAUUUCUCUAACUACAAUGUACUAUUUUUUAAUGUUCAGAUUGGUUUCAGUUUUAACUUUAUGAAUUCCACAUGUUCUCCCCACCCCAUAUUUAAUAUUUAUUAUCCAAACGCAUGCAUAUAGACAGAGCAUGCAGUGCAGAGUAUUAAAAAACAAAACAAAAAAAAAACUAGAUUUGGUACAGCUUUUGAAACUUAGAUAUGAACUGAAUACAGGUUUCGAAUAUAAUCCCAAAACCUAAAAAAUAUGGGAUGUUUUUGAUACAACAUAACUCUGAGAGUAUGAGGUAUUCCCUGGGCAUAGAGGAUAGCUAGUUGUUUUGACAAAGCCAGUCCUGUCUUUCUUUUACCAGCAGUACCUUUCACUGACUUUCCUCUCUGAGUCUGGGAACGUGAGUUGCAUUCCUUUUGAAGGGUGAGAAGGAAGUGGCCAAAAACUAACUGGCAUGUUCUCUUCCUGGAGGCACAUGUGAGAAGAAUUAUAAUAAAUGCCUAAGUCUUAUAAAGGCUUUUGCUGGAACAUUGAAUUCCCUAGAUUUUUGUUUUUGACCCAUUAAAAAACUUAGUAUCUAAAACAAGUGGUCAAACAAAUGAGAAUUCAGCCUAAAAGUAAUUUACAAGUUGACACUUCCCUUGUAUUAUCUCCCAUAAGAAAUUAGGAUUUGCCAAAUACCUUUCUAUUUCAAGGGUAUUUAAAAUACAAACAUUCAAAACUGAAGACUGGCUUCAGGUCUUUUUCAGGUGGGUGCGGGAAGAGAACGGUUAAUAGAGAAGACUUGAUUCCUCAGGAGUACAGCAAGUGUUAUCUCCCCUCCCCCCCUUAGCUCUUUAGUGAUCUCAGCAACAUGCAGGGCUCCUCAUUUGGCCUCUGCUUGAUCAAGGAGUCCUCUUUUUUUUGGCUUCUAUGAACCUCAUCUUCUGGAGAAAGGCAGAAGUGGCCCUCUUCUUACACUUGGCUGCAUUAGGGUUAAUGUAAUGGAUCUUGCAUCUUCAAUCUAGCUAUUUGUGGCAUUUGAAAGGAUAUAAAAGAUGCAUGUUAAACUACCCAAUUAUCCGUUCUGAACUGGGCAGGUAAAACAACAGAUACGUAUGUAAGAAACUUAGAAGUUUGUACAGAAAAAUACCAAGAAAAUGGCAGAAGACACUUGGGAUCUAUGCCUAGUUAGGUGUUGAAAAUAAAAAGCUAAAAUGUGCAGUUUAACUUGGCCAUAAGGUAGGACUGCCAGCAGCUGCGGGUGGAGUCAGACACGUUUACAUGGAGGGUUCCCUCCCCAGACAGACCAGGCACCAACACCAGUGUUUACAGUGCAAACAGCCUCAGCACUUUCCUAAGUCCCCCAAGACUCAAAUUCUUUAAUAUAAAACCAGGUCAGUAUUUCUUAUUGUGCUUCAAGUCUUUAAAAAGACUGAGAUUAGAGGCAUUUUAUGCUGCUAUAGAUAGGUUGUGUCUGCAUUAGAAAAAAUUACAAUUUAAAAUGGGGAGGACUUCUUGAGAUUUUCAGUUUUCAGACAUAAAAUAUGCAAAAUGAGAUUUUUCAAAUUUGUGAUACAUUUACCUAACUUUUUUUGUAGCUCUACAAAGUAGCCAAUAACUAGGUUAUUGACUCAAAACAUCUUAUACUUUAGAGCUCCAUAUCUCACUUCUUUACUGACAGAAUUCAGCAUGAAUCUUAAUUAGUGCCCAAAGCCUGAGUUGCCAUUUCCUCCAAUCUGAGAAACUGUCAUCUCCACAUUGAGGCUUGCAGGGAUGUUCAUAGAAAACCUAAAGUGAGCUGUCCAAGUCAUUUCUCAUUCACUUCCAGCUUUAUGGGACACCUUGAGAUGCACUGCUCAGCAUGCUUUAGCGUAAAUUACAAAUAUUUUAAGUCUGAUUAAAAUGUUUCUCUGGAACAUGGUUUUAGCACAUAUAGUCACUUGUUCUCCACUUGUGAUUAGUUAUAAACCUCUAGGCCAAGUCCUACAUUAGAAUGGCCUUUUUUUCUUGAUGUUUGCAAUAAUUGCUUCCUUGCAACAAAGACAUGUUUGAAAUACAGUUUAGGCUGUUGGUGGAAAGGACAGACAUUGUUUUACUGUCACUAACUUGGCCCUGAAUUGUUGCCCACAAGGUGGGUAGACCUUAUGCUUUCGGGGUUUGAGUGCAGGCCUUGUACAAACUAGAAGCUACUCAUGAUGCGUCUUCAACAAGCUGCCCAGUUUUCUCCAUCAGCAAACUUACCAGUCUGUAGCUGCUGCUUUCCAAUGGGUUUUUUGGUUUUUUUUUUGGUUAAAUGUAUAGCAAUGAAUGUAGAUUUAAUUCUUUUAGUUAAGCUCUCGCAAGAAUUGUAGAGAACAAACCUUCUCUUAAGGAGAGGAACCUCCUACAGGAAAAUGCACUUGCUCCUCAGAGUCCCCAAAUCCCUUUUGUGGCUUUGCAUUGUAUUUUCUAUUUAUCAUUAAAUACGAGUAACAUUGGUCAUCUUGAAUUCAUAGUUGGAAAACAAGAACAGCCAGCACUAGUCUGAAGUUGAGCUGCCCUUUCUCUGCAAUUAAUUGUGGUUCACUGGUUUAAAAGAGAUAACUGGGAGUUCUGGGUGGAUCAGAACCAUCAGGCGAGAAAGUGUAUUAAUAGUGUGAAUUAGAUAUAUUGACUACCUGCUCUGCUUACUAAUGUUAAGAAACCAAACUAAUCUGUAAUUAUAAAGCACAUACUUUAUGUGCUGGGCUCUGCCUCCUGGCCAGUAGACAAUUAAGAAGGCCUAGGGAAUACCAUCAGAGAAGUGCUAAUUGUAUUGGGGUAUUACAAAAACAGACCUAGACAAGCUGUUCAUUUAAGUCGUACCUUUUGGUCAGAAAAAAUUUAUUUAAAGGUUGUGAUCAUGUAAAAUGACUCAAACCUUCUAGCAAAAAUAUUUUUUUGAAAAAUAAAUGAAAUGCCUUUAUAAA